AUCGUCUUCAUCCAUGGCUUGAAAGGUCAUCGCGAAAAGACUUGGACAUCAGACAAGGCAUCUGAGCCUUGGCCCAAAGCUUUGCUCCCGUCCGAAAUACCGAAUGCUCGAAUUCUGGCGUACGGCUACGAUGCAGAUGUGGCUAAGGCUACCGAGAUGGUCUCAGUCAGUCGCAUUCGAGACCAUGCGGCGACUUUUUUGAAGAGACUUACGAACUUUCGAGAUCGAACCGACAGCGUGGGUCGUUCUCGCUUUUUUAACGUUCUCAGUCUGCGCGUCCGCAUCAUAUUUGUCUGUCACAGCCUGGGUGGACUGGUCUGUCAAGCUGUACGUGCUCUUGCCCGCGCCUACACAAGAGAACACCUUAAAGAAGUUCUCGAAGCGACCCGAGGCAUACUCUUCCUCGGUACACCGCACCACGGCUCAGCUCUUGCUGUGUGGGCAGAACGACUUGGCAAAUCCGUCGGAGUGCUAAAGCAGACAAAUACCGAAAUCCUCGGCGUUCUCAGACCUGAGUCGGAGGUUCUCGCCGAGAUUCAGGACAAUUUUCACAACAUGACACAAUCCCAGACACAGGAGGGUGUCGGCACUAUUCAGAUUACGUGCUUCUACGAGGAGCUGCCUCUUCCUGGAAUCGGGCUGGUCGUUCCUCAACACUCAGCCAUCUUCCCAGGUAAAGAUGCCAUUGGAAUACAUGGAACGCAUCAUACCAUGGUGAAGUUCAGUAGUCUUGAGGAUUCUGGAUUUAUCGAUGUAUGCGAUGAACUUCGAACUUGGAUCAAGAGGUUUGAUCGAAAAGUCUCUGUACCACAACGUCAAAGCAUGCCACCUCCAGCAGUUGAGGACCAAAAUGAGAAGAGGUCCACAACUCCACAAAAGAAGACGGCAUCCAAAUGUACGUAG